CUCCGUUUGCGGUGAUGGUCUGUGACGACUCCGGACGACUCUGUCCUGUAUGUCGGUGAAAGUUGAACGAUCGUUCCAGCUGCUGGGCAGAACCGUUUCGUCGUAGUCUCGCAGUUGACAUCUCGCGAGAACAUACGAGAUCCAUCAUGGCGGAAUCUGGAAAGAAUAGUUACGAGUUUUCGUCUUUGACGACGGAAAGCUCCACACCGGCGGAGUUCUCCUUCGUGACGACAAGCGAGACGGCUUCCUAUGGAUAUUCUGCGGCUCAUGUGACUGGCUCCAUGGAGCAUGACCCGGAGGCUGCCAUAGACAUGGGUGCCAUGGAGGGCACGCCCUCCAAAUCCUCGGGCUCCUCCACGCGGUACCGGGGCGCAGCCGGGCAGUUCCUGGACAAGCGGGGCUUCGGGUGGCUGAUGGAGGUGGACGCCGCGGACGAUGAUGAUGACAAACCUCUGCUAGAGGAGCUGGACAUAGACCUGAAGGACAUCUACUACAAGCUGCGCUGUGUGCUGCUGCCCUUCCCCUUCCUGAACUUCCGCAGACAGGUGGUCCGUGACAACCCCGACUUCUGGGGCCCGCUGCUGGUGGUGGUGCUGUUCGCCAUGGUCUCACUCUACGGCCAGUUCAGGGUUGUGUCGUGGAUCAUCACCAUCUGGGUCUUCGGCUCUCUCAUCAUCUUCAUCCUGGCCAGAGUACUGGGAGGAGAGGUGAGCUACUCGCAGUGCCUGGGUGUGAUUGGCUACUCACUUCUGCCACUCAUCGUCACAGCCUCGGCUCUGCCACUGGUCAGGCCUUUCCACUACGUCAGCCUCUUAGUGAAGUUCCUAGGUGUGCUGUGGGCUGCCUACAGUGCUGGGUCUCUGCUGGUCAGUGAAGAGUUCAAGACCAAGAAACCCCUUCUGAUGUACCCCAUCUUCCUGCUCUACAUUUACUUCUUAUCCCUGUACACUGGUGUAUAGAUGUGACAAUGUUAACAUAAUUUUGUACAAUAGUGCUGUUAUAUGCUACCAUCAUUUUUGAGCUAUGGUAGUGUACAUAUUGCUGGAUGUGACUGUACUGUCAUCUUGCUAUGUACAAAUGUACAUGUCACAAGAAAUGUUCCACAUUAAAACUCUUUAUUUAAACAUAAUGAUUCAAUUGUGAGGUCUACAGAUCACUUCUCUGAUACAGGGUUAUGUAGAGAAAAUAGGUCCUAGAAAGUUGACAUGGUGAGAACACUAUCUACAUGUACGUUGCAUUCAAGAAUUUUACCGAUUGAGGAAUGUUCAUGAGAGAUUGUGGGUGAAAAGGGGAUGGUGUGAAAAUGCUCCUGUGUUCUUGGAGCUUUGGAAACAUUUAGUAAUGAAAGGAAAAGAAGCAGCAAAACAAUAUUAAUAUUUGUCCAUAAUAUUGCUGCAAUAAAAUGUGUUCCACCAUAUAUUUUAGAACUUCCUGAUUUUCCUCCAAGUUAAAUGAUAGGAGUUUUCUUUAAAUUUCCAGAUGUACUAACUUGUACAAUGUAUUUAUCGAUAGUAUUGUUACAGUCACUCAUGUAAAAUAUCCAAGGCUAAAUAGAGUUGGCAGUUAUAUUUGUACAAGUUUAUUCCUAGCAAGUAAAACUAUGUAUAUAUGAAAACUCUACUUUGUUGCAUGCAUUAUGAGUGGAAACUUGGGAGGUAACUUUACAUGUAAUGUAUGUAAUUUUAGGGGUUAGGAAAAUUAAGUUAUGAAGCUGCAUGGACAUUUUGUUUUGUUUUACUUCACACCAACUAGAGUACACAAGUCAUUAAUUUCUCUUUGGAAACUUUGUAAUAGGUGAUGCUCUGUUGUCUGUUUCUAAAUGUGAACUUCAAGGCAGUUUUAUAGGUUUUAAGUAUAGGACCAGGAAAAGUUGGUGUGCUUGAAAUACUCACUACAUGUGUGCCUAUGUCAGUUUGUACUGAUAAAUGACAAUCAUAUUAAUAAUUAGACAGUCAUCAGUUGUACAGAUAUGACAAAACAUUGCUUUAAGAUACAUUGCUUGUGUAGCAUAUUUCUAAAAGGCAGGAUUGAUCAUGAGAUUUGUUUUCUUCACUGUGCAGUCAGAUGCAGUUCCACAGAUGCCAUUACAUAAGCUUAGUAUAUGAUACAUUAGGGUGUGAAAAAGAUGACUAUCUAUUUGAUUGGUGUAAAAAAUGCUAGACAUACAUGUACACUGAUUUGUAUGACAGAGGUGCCACCUUUCUUAUGUAUAAUAGAAGGUAUAAAUACAUCUCACUUUUCAGUUAUA